UCCGGUUUCUGCAGUAGCCAAUCUGCGUCUCUUCCGUUCCCGGUUAUAAGCUCCGCACGGACCCAUUGGAACUCAGUCUUCCCAGACUCCGUCGAUCAUGGUGAUGGUUUCCCAGAUCCUCCUCUUCUUGCUCUCGGGGCCCCUGGCCCUGACCCAGACCCGAGCGGGCUCCCACUCCCUGAGGUAUUUUCACACCGCCGUGUCCCGGCCCGGCCGCGGGGAGCCCCGCUUCAUCUCCGUCGGCUACGUGGACGACACGGAGUUCGUGAGGUUCGACAGCGACGCCGCGAACCCGAGGAUGGAGCCGCGGGUGCCGUGGAUGGAGCAGGAGGGGCCGGAGUAUUGGGACCAAGAGACAAGGACCUCCAAGGGCAACACACAGACUUACCGAGUGAGCCUGCGGAACGUGCGCGGCUACUACAACCAGAGCGACGCCGGGUCUCACACCUUACAGAGGAUACACGGCUGUGAAGUGGGUCUCGACGGGCUCUUCCUCCGCGGGUACGUUCAGUAUGCCUACGACGGCGCCGACUACAUCACCCUGAGCCAGGACAUGCGCUCCUGGACCGCGGCGGACACGACCGCUCAGAUCACCCAGCGCAAGUGGGAGGCUGACAAGGUUGCAGAUCAGGAAAAGGCCUACUUGGAGGGUGCGUGUGUGGAGGGGCUCCGCAGAUACCUGGAGAACGGGAAGGAGUCUCUGCAGCGUGCAGAUCCCCCAAAGGCACUUGUGACCAACCACCCCAUCUCUGACCAUGAGGUCAUGCUGAGAUGCUGGGCCCUGGGCUUCUACCCGGCUGAGAUCACACUGACAUGGCAGCGGGACGGGGAGGACCAGACCCAGGACAUGGAGCUUGUGGAGACUAGGCCUGCGGGGGACGGGACCUUCCAAAAGUGGGUGGCCAUGGUGGUGCCCCCUGGAGAGGAGCAGAGAUACACGUGUCGUGUGCAGCAUGAGGGGCUGCCUAAGCCCCUCACCUUGAGAUGGGAGCCACCCCCUCAGUCCACCAUCCCCGUCAUGGGAAUAGUUGCUGGCCUGGUGCUCUUUGGAGCACUGGUUGUUGGAGCUGUGGUGGCUGCAGUUGUGAUCUUGAGGAAGAGGAGCUCAGGCGGAAAGGGAAGGAGCUCCACGCAGGCUGCAAACGGCGACAGUGCCCAGGGCUCUGAUAUGUCUCUCAUGGCUUCUAAAGCUUAAGACCACUGCCUUGUGUGGGACUGACUGACCGAUGCAAGAUUUGUUCACACCCGCUUUGUGAUUUAGGACUUCUCUUACUGCAACUGUUGUUUGAAUGUACCUGUGUUCCUGUCAGGAUGUGGUGGGACUAACCCACCCCUGCCUACCUGGACACCCUCCCCACACUGACCUGUGUCCUUUCCCCUGGAUCUGCAUUUCCUGUUCCAGCAGAGACAGGGCCAGAAUGUCUCCAUCUCUGUCAUAACUUCUCUUGCUUUGAGCUGCAAGUUGUCACAUACCUAUUGAAAACAAGAAUCUGGGAAUGAUCUUUUUUCGUCAAAUUCUUGCCAUGAAGUGGGGUUGAUGGGUUAAUUAAGGAGAUGAUAAGACUUAAAAUCUCAGAGAGGAAAUAAAUGGAGACCUGAGAACCAUCCAGAAUCCUUUGCUUUGCUGAGUCUGUCACAGGCAGGGAUGGAAGAAGGCUGUGGAGGAGCCGAACGUGAAUGAGGUCUGUGUUCAGGACAGUCUGGGUUUUGACAUGGUCACUCCUUGGUCGAGUCAUCUUCACUGCUGCAUUGUUCUUGUCUCCUCAGUAGGACCUGUGAUCACAGGGACUCAGGCAUUGCCCAGGCCCUGUCCUGUCUUCAGAGCUUGGGCGGUGUUAUGGAUUGAGCUAUAUCACCCAAGACACGUGUUGUAAAUUCUAACCUCUAUGUCUCCUGGUUAUAAUCCCAUUUGGGAAUGGAUUGUCUUUGUUAUGUUUAUGAAAGAUUAGUGUAGUAUAUAUUUUCAGUUCGUCGUUUUUCAAACAUAAAAGAGAUUAAAGAAGCAAGGGAGAGAAGUAGAGAUGGCAGGAGAGAGAUGCCAAGCCACUUGAGGAUCACCCAGGAGUAGAAGCUCAAAGAGAGAAGGACCUUCCUCCAGAGCCCACAGAGAAAGCCUUCCUUUAGAGCCAGCACCCUGAAUUCAGACUUCUAGCCGUCUAAACUGGGAAAAUAAAUGUCUCUUUGUUAAA